AUGUUUAUGGAAUCAAUUUUUACUGAGAUUGAUUGUUGUAACAUUCAGCCAAUUCCCGAGGAAAUAGCAUCACUUGAUUUACCAUAUUACAAUUAUGUACCUCCAACUCAACCAGAUUCAUCAAUUCCAGAUGGUGAGGAUGUGCAUCCGGAGGAGGUUCCUGGUUUAGAAGACUUCUCAACAAAAUCUCCAGAGAAUGUUUUAAGGAGAUCAUCAAGAGGUUCUAGUGCAGGAACUACCCCACCACCUCGCAAGAGAGUAAAGGUUGUACAUCCACAUAAAUAUGAUUUGUCAAGACUCUAA